AAAUUAGAUUUAGCAAUGUUCAAAUUGACGACGAAGAUUGCAACAUUUAAAAAUCUUAACUCGCAAACUUUGAAAACUGUUUUUAAAAGGUUAAAAACUUCACAACGAUGUAAAGGGGAAAAUCCAUACAAGCAUCUAUUGAGGACAAUUACCCUUCAAGGGAAGGAGUAUCACUAUUAUGAUCUUGGCAGUUUUGGGACAAAAUUUGAUAGACUGCCAUUUUCCAUCCGAGUCCUCUUAGAGAGUGCUGUACGAAACUGUGAUGAGUUUCAAGUGACAAAGAAAGAUGUCGAGAAGAUUUUGGAUUGGGAAAAUAAUCAGAUGCUCCAGGAAGGAGUUGAAGUAGCUUUCAAACCAGCUAGAGUAUUACUGCAGGACUUUACUGGAGUACCUGUAGUAGUAGAUUUUGCUGCAAUGAGAGAUGCUGUGAAAAAACUUAGUGGUGAUCCUGAUAAGAUCAAUCCAAUUUGUCCGUCAGACCUUGUAAUUGAUCAUUCGAUACAGGCUGACUUCACGAGAAGCCCGGAUGCCUUGAAAAAGAACGAGGACCUUGAGUUUGAAAGAAAUAAGGAACGUUUUAUGUUCCUCAAGUGGGGAGCGAAAGCUUUCGAAAAUAUGUUAAUUGUACCUCCCGGCAGCGGAAUCGUGCAUCAAGUGAAUUUGGAGUAUCUGGCGAGAGUCGUGUUCUACAAAAACAAACUCCUGUAUCCUGACAGUGUAGUAGGCACAGAUUCUCACACUACCAUGAUCAACGGCCUCGGCGUGCUCGGAUGGGGAGUCGGCGGUAUUGAAGCAGAAGCGGUUAUGCUUGGUCAAGCAAUCUCCAUGAUAAUACCAAAAGUCGUGGGAUACAAACUGGAGGGUGUGCUGAAUCAAUAUGCCACAUCCACUGAUCUUGUCCUUACAAUUACAAAGAAUCUCCGGCAAAUCGGAGUGGUCGACAAGUUCGUCGAAUUCUUCGGGCCAGGUGUAACGCAAUUGAGCAUUGCUGAUCGCGCUACGAUAUCCAACAUGUGCCCAGAAUACGGCGCCACUGUGGGCUUCUUCCCAGUGGAUGAACAAAGCUUAAAAUACCUGAAACAAACAGACCGAUCUGAGGAACACAUUGAGAUAAUUAAACAAUAUCUGAAAUGCGUGCGCAUGCUGAGGAAUUACGACGACCCGAGCCAGGACCCGAUCUUCUCCGAAAUAGUUACUUUGGAUUUGAACACCGUCGUCUCGAGCGUUAGCGGACCCAAGAGACCUCACGACAGAGUUUCAGUGACGGACAUGCAAAUGGACUUCAGGAAUUGUCUUGUAAACAAGGUAGGCUUCAAGGGCUACGGUUUGAGCGAAGCGAAAAUUAAUACCGCAGGCGCGUUUGAAUACGAGGGGAAGGAUUAUAAGCUGAAACACGGCUCGGUGAUUAUCGCAGCGAUUACUAGUUGCACGAAUACCAGCAAUCCGAGCGUUAUGCUUGGAGCAGGUCUUCUCGCUAAAAAGGCGGUCGAAGCUGGCUUGAACAUCGCACCAUAUAUAAAGACAUCAUUAUCGCCUGGUUCUGGAGUUGUGACCUAUUAUCUCGAAGAAAGUGGGGUAAUUCCAUAUCUGACGAAGUUGGGAUUCGACGUGAUCGGUUACGGAUGUAUGACCUGUAUCGGAAACAGCGGUCCUCUUCCUGACGUCGUAGUCCAAACCAUUGAAAAGAAUGAACUCGUCUGCUGCGGAGUUCUGUCAGGUAACAGAAACUUCGAAGGUAGAAUUCACCCGCUCACCAGGGCAAAUUACUUAGCCUCUCCGCUAUUGGUGAUAGCCUAUGCUAUCGCUGGUACCGUGGACAUAGAUUUCGAAAAGGAUCCAUUGAGUCGCAAUUCCGACGGCACCCCGGUGUAUCUGCGAGACAUAUGGCCGACCAGGACGGAGAUUCAAGCCGUGGAGCAGAAGCACGUCAUUCCAACCAUGUUCAAGGAAGUUUACAGCAAAAUCGAGAAGGGCAGCAGCAGUUGGGCGAGCUUGGUGGCCCCUAACGGCAAACUAUAUCCGUGGGACACGGAGUCCACGUACAUAAAAAAUCCGCCUUACUUCGAUGACUUGGAGAAGGAUCUACCUCCGAUAAAGUCGAUCACGAAAGCGCGAGUGCUCGUAAAUCUCGGUGACUCGGUGACGACCGAUCACAUCAGUCCGGCGGGUAGUAUCGCGCGUAAUUCGCCGGCGGCGAGAUACCUGACGGGUCGUGGUUUGACACCGAAGGAGUUCAAUUCAUAUGGCUCACGCAGAGGAAAUGACGAUGUGAUGGUGCGCGGCACGUUCGCCAAUAUUCGUCUGCUGAACAAAUUCCUCGGUAAACAGGGACCACGAACGAUCUACAUUCCAACCAAGGAAGAGAUGGACAUAUUCGACGCGGCCGAGAGAUACAAGAGAGAUGGAACAGCUUUGAUCGCACUGGUCGGUAAGGAAUAUGGAUCCGGAUCGUCCAGAGACUGGGCAGCGAAGGGACCGUAUCUGCUCGGUAUUCGUGCGAUUAUAGCCGAGACGUACGAGAGAAUACACAGGUCUAAUCUCGUCGGUAUGGGUAUUAUACCGCUGGAAUAUCUGCCCGGGCAGACUGCGGAGUCGUUGGGAUUAACCGGUUACGAAGAGUACGACAUCGCGAUUCCUGCGAAUUAUCAGCCCGGAGACAGGGCCACCGUGACCACCAACGACGGCAAGAAGUUCGAGGUGAACGUGCGAUUCGACACGGAAGUCGAUCUAACCUACUUCAAGCACGGCGGCAUUCUAAAUUACAUGAUUAGAACAAUGCUUUGAUGAGAUUCCCGUCUCGAGAGAGUAUAGGCGAUUCUAUCUCUGAGAGAUGCUUACUUAACGAGAUACUUAUACACAUAAUAUCGGUUUUGGGAUAUACAAACAUGAUAUCUCCUUUAGGCAAAAUGUUCAAGUGCGCGAAAAGGAUAACGGUUAAGGGGCUACACUUUACGAGAGCUUUAUGACGUGGGUGAUAAGCAUAAUAUUACAUUGCUUGGUUCUUCUUCUUUCCCCCCGCUUUCGUAUGAGACUAUGUACGCGGCGAUUACGAUAUCUGUACAACGCGUCGGUACAGUAUAAAUGCAGCAAAAAUGUUUCGUGACGUCCCAAAUUUUUGUUGUAUCGAUUAUUUUAACACGACGGAUGGAUGAGACGUUUAUUUUAGUUACGAAGUCGAGCGCUGGCGCGAAGCUUAUCAUUGAUCCAACACGGGCUCGUCUUUUUUGCCGCAUUGCGAUCGAUUAUUCUUCUUUUUUUAAUAUUUUCUAACCGUUACGCUUACUACAUAUACGCAUGGAAAAUUAUCUUUGCUUUUAUGUAUGUAUCGUAUAUACAAAUAAACUGUUGCAAAGUU